AUGUCGUUCCGGGCGCGGGCGCCCCGGCGCCUCGCCCUCGCCCGCUCGGCCAGCUCGGUUCCUCUCUUAAUGGCUAAUGAAUUUAGAAUUAGCGAUUUCAUUCGAAUGGAGCCCAAUGAAUGCGAUCGCUUUAACGGCGUGACAAAUCGCCCGCUGGGCCCGCCACGGACACCGUUUAACCCCCUCCCCCUGCCCGCCGCUCCCCGCUCCCCGUGCCGGCCGCAUCCGGCUGUCCGGGGCGCUGGGCGGCCGGCAGGGACCCGGGUGCGGCGUUACGCCCGCGUCCCGUUUGGUUUCCUCGUCGGCCGGCGUGUGCGCGGCGGAGCAGGACAGGUGCAGAAGCUCUCCAGCCUGGUGCUGCCGGUGGAGGUGAUCAUCGCCCAGAGCUCCAUCCCCGGCGAGGGCCUCGGCAUCUUCUCCAAGACCUGGAUCAAGGCGGGCACGGAGAUGGGGCCUUUCACCGGCCGCAUCAUCGCCCCUGAGCACGUGGACAUCUGCAAGAACAACAACCUCAUGUGGGAGGUGUUCAAUGAGGAUGGCACCGUGCGCUACUUCAUUGAUGCCAGCCAGGAGGACCACCGGAGCUGGAUGACCUACAUCAAGUGUGCUCGGAACGAACAGGAGCAGAACCUGGAGGUGGUCCAGAUCGGCACGAGCAUCUUCUACAAGGCCAUCGAGAUGAUUCCUCCUGACCAGGAGCUGCUGGUGUGGUAUGGAAACUCGCACAACACCUUCCUGGGUAUCCCGGGUGUGCCAGGGCUGGAAGAGGAGCAGAAGAAGAACAAACAUGGGGCUUCUUGCAGAUGUGGGUCUACCUCCAUUGAGGCUGAUACCCCUGUGGUGGGGGACCACCGAGGGGAGACAUCCCUGUUCCAAGCCGCCCAGCUGGAGGGGUCCCCCCGCACCGUGCACGGCGGCCCUGCGGGUCCGUCCUGUGGCGGCGGGAGCGGGGGUGGGGGGGCCGGGGACCCAGACUCCCCGAGUGGAGGGGGGAAGGCCGCCCCCGGGCAUGGGUCCCGGAUGGCUGGGGGGGGCCGCGAUCCCGGCCCUGCCUGGACCUUCUUUGCCCCCCACCCCAUUGACGAGCGUGCCAGGCAGCGGGAAGGCGAAGGUGCGAUGGAAAGGCACCGAGAGGCCCAGGCCAGCGCCCUGCCCCUCUUGGAGCCCCAGUGUCCGUCUGCCGGGCCGGUGCCCCAGCUCUUCGUCUGUGACAUCGUGCCCGGGAAGGAAGAGGUACCCUCACCCCACCCAACACGCACACCCCAGCACGGAGAGGGCCGGCCUGGGGCUGCCCCGGCGGCCAGGGGGCGGCUCUGCCCCGAUCUCGGGGUCCCCCCCCCCCGCCCCGCGCGUGGGUUCCCAGCCCCGCCGUCGGCGCCCUCUGGCGUCGCCUUCACACCUUGCCGUCCGUGA